AUGCAGACUCAGGCGGUCUUUGUAGCUGCAGCUCGAAAAUGUUUGUCCACCAAAAGGAAAUGUCUGUCACUUUCUCAGAGUCUUGACGUGGCUGCUCAGCUCUCAGCUGUUGAUCAGGCAGUGAAACCGGCGCUGCUCUACGACGCCAACGGUGCCAGUGCAGAGCAAGUGCACCAGUAUUUGCGCUUGUGUCAGUCAUCUCAACUCGUGUCCGAAUCGCUGGUCAUAUUGGACUUGAAUGGUAACAGCCUCAUUGUUAAUCCACGUGUAGUCCGCUACAAUCUGGCCCAGGUGCUUCAAAAUGGCGGACCCGUGGUGAUUGACGUCUGCCUCUCGCUAGAGAAACCCACUAUUGUUGAUCCAGUCGUAGGAGGGCUGAAGAGCAUCGCACAAGAUCUGCUUGAUCUUCUCAGAGGGUUAGACACAGCAAAUAAAGUUCCAUAUGUGGCAGAAAGGUCAGAUGAGUGGAACCUAAGCGCGGUCUUUGGACUCUUACUGGGCUACCCUGUCACCUACUGGUUCGAUCAGACAAAGAGCUUUGAGAACUGCCUCUCUAUGACCCCCCUGAUGGUGACCACAGUGCACGCAACAUGGCGAGUAGAUGCCACCAGCCACAAAUGUUGCUUGUACUCGUUUAGCAUCCCCACCGUCGUGCAGAAUGAGAUACAGUCAAAUCUGGAGGACUGGAAGCUUGGCCUUCAAGAGAGAUUCCAGCAGCAAAAUGUCCUCAAAGACCUCACUGUUUGUCAGUCUGUAGUCACUUUACCUUCAGUCUGUUUGUGACUCACCAUUACUUUGAAUUCAUGACUCCCAAUAAAAUGUUCAAGAAGCUC